AUGAAUGCAAAGGAUGUAUUCCUGAGUGAAGGAUAAGUUAAUGGAUACUUGCAUAAUUCAAAAGCUGCUCAUGUAGUUAAUAUAUUUAAAAUCAAUUCGAAAAAGAAAGACAAAACAGAAUAGAUUUUAAGAGAGCACGGAUAUUUACCAAAGGAUGAGGAAGAUGAGAUGGAGAAUAUACAGUUAACUAAUGAUUAUUAUAACAAAAUCAAAUUCGUAGAGUUUGUUACUUUCUUUUUUGCUUGGGUGGGAGUAGGUUCGGCAGUUGUUGAAUAUGAACUUCGAUAUAACUCAGUAAAGGAGGAUAGAUUGACAGAUGAUAAGAAGAACUUAUAAGUGUUCUGUUAUCCCCAUUUCCAGGGUUAGAAGAAGUUACCAUUACAGAAACUUACUCAGAUCGAGAAGUGUCCAUAGAACUGCAGGAACUCUAGAAUGUAACGACUAUGUCUAAUCAACGGUACAGAUGCUACAUUUAUGUUUUCCAUGAAAGCUUUUAAAUAAGAUAGGCCAUAUGUAUUUAUCUCUGCAUCGUUGGUAGUUCCUCUGAUUGUUUGUGGAUAUGGCAUGAGAAUGUUUGAAAGACCUUUAAUACCUACAUCUGGAUAAGAUUUCGAUUCACUAGGAAAUUGCAUAUGGUGUGUAAUUAUCACAAUGGCUACUGUUGGUUAUGGGGAUUAUUAUCCCAUUUCAAAUUUCGGCCGUAUCGUAGGAAUUCUCGCAUGUUUAUGGGGAGUAUUUAUUGUGUCUAUAUUUGUAGUGACUCUCAACAAUCUGCUGGAAUUUUCUAAGCAAGAAGAGAAAAGUUAUGAUAUUCUUUGUAAAUUAGCAUAUAAAGAUGAUUUAAGAAUGAAGGCCGUGAAUGUAAUUCUCAGUGCUUAAAGAUAAAAAGUAGAAAGAUAGAAAGAUGACCUAGAUAUUAGUAAAUUGGCUGUUGUGUUCCGUGAUUUUAGGAAAAAUGUAUUCUCCCUUAAAUAAGUAUCGAAGAGAGUUAGAGCAAUGUAUGAAGAUUAUAAUGAAGUUGAGGUUGUCACUAAAGACGUUGAAGAGAUUAAUUAAGAGGUUGACCUACUAAUGGCAACUCAAGAUGAACUAUUGGCUGAAUUUAGAGACCUAUAAAAAUAAUUAGGUGAUUAUCAAGAAAAUGAAAAUGAUGAGACAAAUACUACAAAUGAUCUCAAAAUAGAGAAUAGCAUUGAUGAUGAAAUGUCUAAUUCUCUCUCAGAGUCUGAAAAAUAAAUCCUUUAUGUCCCUGGACCAAAAGAUAAGAUAAACAAUGGGGAGUAAUGGAAUCUUUGA